UGGAGGCAUCACACACUCCUUGAGGACAUAUUUUCCCUUCUUUUUCCACGUGACUUAUUAUGAAGUUUUAAGAUUUCUUAUGUUUUGGAAAUAACACCAGCCAGAAACUAGUGGAGAUGGAAGGGCUCUGACUUGCACCAGCCUGGGGUUACAUUAUGGUUCUGGGCCAAGCUGUCAACAUGAGUUUGAUGGACAUUUCCAAGAUCUUCUCCCUGCUGCAGCCUAAGGAGGAGGAUGAGGACAACGAGCAGUGUCAGGCCUUGAACAACGCCGUAAGCAGCGACAACGUGACUCUACUCUCAGAGCUUCUGUCUCAGGAGAGCUACAGGAGGUCUAUCAAUGCUCGAAGCGGGUGGGGGGUCCCAGUAACCCCCCUGCGCACUGCUGCUGCUCUGGGACACCUGAGGUGCUUGGAGCUGUUGUUGGAGCACGGUGCAGAGAUCGACAGCCUGGACGUAAAGGCCCAGACACCUCUAUUCACAGCUGUCAGCGGGAAACAUCUGGACUGUGUGGUUGCCCUGCUGAAGGCUGGAGCCGAUCCUAACGGCAGCCAGUACAACAACUGCUCCCCUGUGCUGACUGCAGCCCGGGAGGGCGAUGUAGACGUACUCCGAGAGCUGCUCCGCUUUGGAGCUGAGGUGGACGUCAGGCCUAAAGUCCCUGAUUGGGCUUCCAAUGCCACAGCCUGCAGAGGGCCCCUUUAUAUCUCAGCCGUUUACGGACACCUGGACUGCUUUAAACUGCUCCUUCUUCACGGGGCCAACCCCAACUACAACUGCACAGAUGAGAAGAUGUUGGCCAGGAUAAAGCAGCCGAAGACAGUCCUGGAGGUGUGUCUGCGUUAUGGCUGCGGGGUGGAGUACAUCCAGCUUCUAAUUGACUUUGGGGCCGAUGUGUAUCUGCCCACACUGAUUAUUGACAAGACUACAAAGCAGAAUGAGGCUCUGGUUCUGCUGCUCAAAGAGAGAGUUUGUCCCAAAACACUGAUGUCGCAGACUCGGCUGGCAAUACGAAGACAUCUCCCCUUUGCCAACAAGGAGCCUGCCAUUGAUAGUUUGGACAUUCCUCUGAUCCUGAGGAACUACUUGAAGCACGACACCUCUGAACUUGUAUGAUGCUGAUCUUAGCAUUGGAAUUUAUGGCCAGUGGCAUUUUUUUUUACCUCAUUGCUGUACACUCAUGACUGGACAAGUGAUUUGUAGAUUUUUUUUAAAAGUAGGACAACAUAACAUACACUCAACACGAGAGGUCGCUGUGUUGUCCCACUGUUGUAAAUCCUUGAUUUUAUUAUUUAUACAUUAAGAUUAAGGUGUGUGACUACCCAUAGAUGUAUUUAUUACAUACCUUAAGGCAGUGAUUCCCAACUGGUGGGUCACAGUCCAAAAGUGGGUGGCCAGUACAUUCAGUGUGGACCACAAAUGACUUGAGAAUUUGCAACAUUUGUAAAAAACACAUUUUAUUUUGAAAUACAGUGUUUUUUUGGCACAGAGCCUUUUUUUUUAG